AGAGUGGAGUAACGCUAGGCUCACGCCGCAAGUCCCGCCCACUCCUUCUCUACCAGUCCGGGUGCUUAUUUGCAGAAGGGGGUCUGUUGUGUUUCGUUCGCUCCUGCCGCCGCCGCCCCCCGGCGUUGCCGUUACCACUUCCUGAGGAGCGCCCCGCGGUGUCCGCCUCCCGGCCAGAAGAGCCAGCCAUGUCUUCUGUUUCUGAAAAAGAUGAUUUACACUCUGUCAAGCAAACAGAAGAAAUAGAACCAGAAACUGAAAACAAAGUUGAAGAUAGUGAAGAAGAAGAAGAGGAGGAGGAGGAGGAAAAAGAAAAGAGCCUCAUUGUUGAAGGAAAGAGAGAGAAGAAAAAAGUAGAAAGAUUGACCAUGCAAGUGUCCUCCUUACAAAAGGAACCUUUUACAAUUACACCUGGAAAGGGUAAAAAACUUUGUGAAAUUGAAAGGAUACAGUACUUCUUAAGCAAGAAGAAAACAGAUGAACUUCGAAAUCUACACAAACUUCUUUACAACAGACCAGGCACAGUUGCUUCACUAAAGAAGAAUGUGGGUCAGUUCAGUGGUUUUCCAUUUGAGAAAGGAAGUGACCAAUAUAAGAAAAAAGAAGAAAUGUUGAAAAAAUACAGAAAUGCAAUGCUGAAAAGUAUAUGUGAGGUUCUUGAUUUGGAAAGAUCAGGAGUUAAUAGUGAACUGGUAGCCAGAAUCUUAAACUUCUUAAUGCAUCCAAAACCUUCAGGCAAGCCAUUGCCAAAGUCUAAGAAAACACCCAACAAAGGUGGUAAAAAAGAACGCAGUAGCUCUGGAACAGCACGGAAAGGCAAACGCACCAAAUGUCCCGAGAUCCUGUCAGACGAAUCUAGUAGUGAGGAAGAUGAAAAGAAAGAGAAAGAUGAAUCAUCUGAAGAAGAUAAAGAAAGUGAAGAGGAGCGACCUAAAAAAACAUCAAAAAAAGAAAAGCCUAAGCAAAAGACAGCUUCAAAAAGCAAAAAGAGCACAAAGAACGCUAAUGUCAAGAAAGCAGAUAGUAGCACAACAAAGAAGAGUCAGAACAAUUCAAAAAAAGAAAGUGAAUCUGAAGAUAGUUCAGAUGAUGAGCCUUUAAUUAAAAAAUUGAAAAAGCCACCUACAGAUGAAGAGCUGAAAGAAACAGUGAAGAAGCUACUAGCUAAUGCAAAUUUAGAGGAAGUUACCAUGAAACAGAUUUGUAAAGAGGUAUAUGAAAGCUAUCCCAGUUAUGACUUGUCUGACAAAAAAGACUUCAUCAAAAAGACAGUGAAAGAGCUCAUUUCAUGAUCUAAUGGGAAGAAAACGAAAGCUGCAGACUUGUUCCAGUGGAUUUAAAUAUUUAACAAACACCAGCAAAAAUGUUAAUCUUUUGUUUUGCCCUAUUGGUAUAACAUAGUAUUUUGUCAGGGGUGAUUCUACUGACUUAAUGUUCUGAGUGUUACUUUUAAAAAUUGCGUUUAAUGCAGUUCUUAGAUUUUGCAUGGCAUUAAAUGUUCCCUGCUUUUAUUUUGUACAUCAUGGAAUUUCUUGGUACAAGCAGAUCUGUUAUAGCUGAUGUAGGUUUUAGUGCAUUGUAAUGUAGAGAUUUUUUUUAAAAAAAAUCAUUUAAUAUGAAAGCUGUUAUAUCUGUACAUACACAUGCUGAGACUGUCAAAUGAAUUAAUUCAUUUUAUUUGUCUGUGGCACAAAGACCAUUAAAAACACAAAAAUAAAACAAGGUGUCUACAUGACAGCCUAAACUCUUACAAAACUCAGAGGGAGAGAAUUCAUAUAAAAGAACCAAACUGAGAGAAAAGGCUGAGAUUUACAUUGGUGGAAGAAAAUUAUACAGACACCAGUAGCAAAGAUAACAGGAAAUUAUAGCAGGGGUCUCCUCUACAAUCGACACCUGGCUUCUUUAGAAAGUUUCGGCAGAUUUUUUGAGCUGCUGCAGCAAAUAUUACAACAUCUGAUAUUGUCAAAUACUGCAGUAUUGGGCAUUAUAUUGAUUUUGAAUACAUACCCACUCUCUCAGACACAAGUCACAAGUCCUAACGAUAAAUGCUCUAAAUUAAUUAUACUAUCUUGCAUGUGUAUACAAUGAGAAUUGUCAAAGCAUGGCAACUCGCAAAUGUUAUUUUUGUACUUUUAAAAGUUUGUUUGUAUAUAAGUUUAAUUCAGACUUCUUUGCUUAAAACCAGAUUGUUUAGAAAAAUAAUAAUCAGUGUGUUUUAGAGGAUUUGACCAAUGUCAGUGUUCAGGAAAGGGGUUAUGAUUAAUUAGGAAGCAAGUCUAACUACCAUACAAAAGAGAUGGCAUUUACUUGUCUUCUAAGGAAAUUUUUGUAUUGCACUCGUAUUUUUCAGUGUUUAACUGGCUAGAGGUGACUACAGAUGACCUUGUUCUAAAGGCUUUACAUCAGGGUGGACAAUUUAAUCUUUCAGAUGUUUGGGCCUACAAAUUCCAUCAGCCCUAGCCAGCAUAGCCACUGGUGAGGGAUGAUAGGAGUUACAGGCCAAAACAUCUGGAGGGCCUCAAGUUGCACUGAAGCCAAUACAUAGAAAACACAAAUACGGCUUUCACUUCUAAAGUAAGGCUUCCAUGAGGCAGGCAAACCUUUGUAUAAAAGUCAUGUUCAAUGUGUGUUAUUCCUGCUGCUUUUAAUGUCCCUGUAAUAUCAGGCUCUCUUAUCUAGAAGUAAUUUCACAAUAGAGCAUUAUUACCUUUAUGGUAUCAGCUGGACAGUUUAACAUUUCUGUGUCCAAAAUGAAGGUGUAUUUGGAAAUAGGAGAACAGGUGCUUAAUAGUGCAGUCCUCUACUCGUCUAUUCAGAAGUAAGCCUCACUUUCAAUGGGACUUAUUCCAAGGGAAAGGAGUAGAAAAUUGCAUCCUAAAUGUAUUAACUUUAGGCACCUGCUGCUUUGGUUAAGAGUGAUAUUCUAAAUUAAAAACUCAGUUCUGCAAGCAGUCUGAAGUUUUACUGAAUUUAGAAUAAAGUACCUGCUGAGAAAACAACUCCUUUGUUAGUAAAGUUCUGCACAUAAUCAUGAAUUAAAGUUCCCCACAAAUGCCAAAUAAGUACGUGUCAUAAUGUGAAGUAUAAUUAAUUCAUCCAUGACUGUAUUGAUUACAAGUACUGCAGGUUUUAAAUAUUGUAGUAAUAAGAAGUUAAGCAAUUGAAGGUCAUAAAUCUAUAUUCUGAAAAUAUUCAGUCAGUAAGCUGAUCAAUUUUUAUCACUUUCUUUGCAUGUAAUCCUUCAUAUUAAGGCUGAGUGUAACUAAGUUUUGUAUUCAAUAAAUGUCUUUAAGGAGAAUGUAUAUUUUGAUAUUUUAAUACAUGUGCAGUAAAACUUGAUACAGAACAAAAUAUGCUUGUUUGUCAUCUAGACAAAUCUUUCCUUGCUUUAUAAGGUACAAAAGUAAUCCAAACCCAAAUGAUGAAAUAACAUCUCUAGAUCAGGCUAUCUCUGUUAGAAGUUACAAGCACAUCAGAACCUCGCUUAUCUUAAGCAGGUAUGUGGACUCUGAAUAAGUAUAUUUCCUUUAGCAGAAGUUACUCUAGGCAAAAAAGGAUUUAGUCUCAGCUAUGCUGGAUCAAACCAAAGGCCUAUGUAGUCUGUUUGCGUAGCGACCAACCAAAUGCCUGUGGCAAGUCCCAUAAGCAAAACAUUGGUAUUCAGAAGCAUACCGCACUUUCCCACUUACAUAUAAAUUAAAUAUAAAAGCAAUGUGGUCACUGUUUCUAGUUGAUUCUACAAUACUAGUAAAUUGUCUUUAUCAGAAUGAAAGUUCACAAUAUAUGUGAGAACUUCCAGGUCACACAAAAUGUUUUCUUGAUGCUGAAUGUAAUUAAAAAGACAAUAGUUGUUCCUGUAGGAGGGACUUCCUAUAUGGUAUUGGUAGCCACCUAUGUAGUUUGGCCUAGCCAGCAGCUUUAGAGUUAAUCAAGAAGCCCCCUCACACAGGCAGGUAAUUCACAGCUUCAUCCUAAAGCUGUUUGGCCAGCUGUAUUAUCUCAUCCUGUGAGGCCGUAUAGCUUUCAUUUCCUGUGGGAAGCAAGCCUAGCCCCCUGUUUCUGAAAAGGGGGUGAGUUUCUAUGUCCUAGUAUGUCAGCUUCUGAACUAGAGGGAAGCCUAUAAAAUUCAGCAGGCUGGCUUUGCUCUUUGGUCUUACUCCAAGGAGGAAUACAUGUGCUACCUGCCUGGAAAAACGACUUCUCAUCUAUCUUGGGACUCCAGAUAGACAUUCAACUGUGACAGUUUCAUUGGCUGAUGAGAAAUUAGCUUUCUCUACUUAUUUUUCUUUCCGCAUUUAUUUUCUAUCAAUAAACUCAUCCUUUUGCACAA